CAGCACAUUGCACUGAGCAGACAUCCAGAGCUGGUGCUUAGGCUCCAGUGCUAUAGGCUGGGUCCCAGUACCAGUCCCAGCUCCCUGCUGUUCCCCAAGCAGAUCCCAGGGAGCUCCCAAGCAGCUGAGCAGUGAGAGGAGCCCAGGAAGUCAGAGCUGCUCAUGUUUCAGGGCAGAAGAGCACGUGUGUGUCUGUCUCAGAGCUGCAUUCCCUUCCCCGGCUUCUGCUCUGCUGCAAUGUGAGCGGGGAGAAUGGGGCAGGUUGCUUGGAAAGGCUUGUUCCUGUCUUUUUUUGACUAUAAGACCGAAAAAUAUGUCAUAGCCAAGAACAAAAAGGUGGGGAUUUUAUUCCGUGUUGUCCAGCUGUCAAUACUGGCUUAUCUAAUAGGGUGGGUAUUUGUGGUUAAGAAAGGAUACCAAGAAACAGACACUUCCAUACAAAGCUCCAUCAUCACCAAGCUAAAGGGAGUCGCUUUCACUAACACUUCUGAACUUGGCGAGAGACUAUGGGAUGUGGUUGAUUAUGUGAUCCCCCCUCAGGGUGAAAAUGUAUUUUUUGUAGUUACAAAUUUGAUUGUCACUCCCAACCAGAGACAGACUAUGUGUCCCGAGAGUUUUGGGAUCCCUGAUGCAGCAUGUUUGAAGAACAGUGACUGUCCGGAGGGAGAACCCGUUGUUGCAGGCCAUGGUGUUAAGACCGGACGAUGCCUUAAGACAGGAGCAGUUAAUGCAACAGGCACGUGCGAGAUAUUCGCAUGGUGUCCCAUAGAGAAGAGGAAGAAGCCAAAGAUUCCACUGCUGGGCAAAGCAGAAAACUUCACAGUCUACAUUAAGAACUCAAUACGUUUUCCAAAGUUUGAUUUCUCCAAGACUAAUAUUCUAGAGACUGAGACCGAGUCCUAUCUAAAGAGUUGCCGCUACAGCAAUGAUGACCAUUACUGCCCCAUCUUUCACUUGGGAAAGAUUGUAUCAUGGGCCGGCAGUGAGUUCCAGAGAAUGGCCAUUGAGGGUGGAGUGAUCGGCAUUCAGGUAGAGUGGGACUGUAACCUCGACAAGCCAGCGUCGGAAUGUCACCCGAAUUAUUCCUUCACCCGCCUGGAUAACAAGUUUACUGAGAAAUCUAUCUCCUCUGGAUACAACUUCAGGUUUGCCAAAUAUUACAGAGAUGCUCAGGGGAAUGAUUAUAGAACUCUGAUUAAAGCUUAUGGGAUCCGCUUUGAUAUUAUGGUGAAUGGAAAGGCUGGAAAAUUCAACAUUAUUCCAACCAUUAUCAACAUUGGUUCCGGGCUGGCACUGAUGGGCGUGGGGGCGUUCUUCUGUGAUCUGGUGUUGCUGUAUCUUAUUAAAAAGAGCAACUUUUACAGGGACAAGAAGUUUGAGGAAGUGAGAUCAGCUUCUAAGAUGUCCCUAAAUAUCAAAGUCAAUGGACAACCAAAAUCAAAGAGCCAUAAUGACUUGGACCAGGUCAGACUGCAGCCACUUGAGGCCUAAAAACCCCAAGCAACUUUUAAAGACAUGCUAUUCAUGGCACUAGAAUGAAGGAAUACGUGAUUUCCACACUCACAUUUGAGUACUUCCAAAUUUGCAUUAAUGACUUUUCCACCACCGGCUGAUGCACUGCACUCUCAUCAUACUAUAGAGCUGAAAUAUGUACUGGCAUCUGCACUGAAGUCUUCUGAUAAGUCCUUCUGCUGCCCUCUUGGAAGUUAGCAAACAAUAAUGGAGUAUAGACAAGGGGUGGGGGAGGGGUUGAUCAUAUAAUGACACUCAGAAGAAUGCACUUUACAUAAGAAACGGUCUUCUCUGUUGCUCUAUUUUCUUGUAUUAGUGGGGACAUUGGAUAAAACUAGAGGAUAUAAGGAUUGUUUAUUUAAGAGCACUCUAAUUCCUGGAUAUUUAUGGAUGAUGUCCCAUCAGUUGAUAGAACAGUAGUCAGAACAUGGUGUUCCCUGCGAGAACAGCAAGAACACAAAACUAUUUUAGUAGAAGUCAGUGGAUGGAAUUUCUCUAAAUUCACUUAAUAAUAUUGAUAGUCAUUUAGACUGUAAAUGGACCAAAUAGUUGAACCCUGAUUGUCACAGUUUAGAACUGGAAAGGGACAGGUUUUCUUUGGUCAACUGGUGCCAUCUGUUCGCUAACUGAUUAAUGUAGUAUAUGUAUAUAUACUGUAUAAAUAUUAUGCUUGAUGACCUUAUGCUUGAUGAUGGGGAGACACUUGUGUUUGUAGCAUAGCAGAGGCUGAGCAAGGGAUAUGAUUGGGGUGUAACAGGGCAUAAUGAGCCAUGGGUUGGGAGUGUCUAAAAAUCACCCACAUCAGAUUCCAAGAAGAUUGACAUCUUUGACCCCAAAGUUUGAUUUUUAUAAAGUGCAGGAGUUCCUUAGCCAGUGAAUGAUGUUAUAUAAUUAACCCUAAAGUGCACAGCUGAGUUGCUCUUAGUGAUGAGCAGGUUGACCUGGGUCUUUGGGUUCCAAGUUGCAGGAUCCAUAGUGGAUUUGCAUUGCAAAUUAAUGAAGAGACCACCCUAGAAAACCCUCCCCCUUAACUGUUAUCCAUACUGCACCUCCCUGCUAGUAACAUCACUGGUGCAUUUAGGUCAGAAAAAUAACUGCAUACAAUGGGUUAAGUCCAGAAGAAAAAAGUUAGGAGUUUUACUUGCUGCAACGUCUCUUAUGACCAAAGCAGUCGCCAAGAAACACUCUACUGCAUCUGAAUACAGCAGCCACACAGACAGUUCCCAGUGUAACUUACUUCAUAUGGCACCAUUCACUGAAUCCAGUGUAUUCACAUACUGCCAUUUAGGACAGAGUUUGGCCUGCAGUGUGGACGGACAGCUGGUAAAUGCUGGGGCCAUAAUCAACAUAGCAACUUAAAAAAAUUGUGUACCAGCUUCACACUCCCAAUAAAGAUGUAUCUAUAGUAGACAAAAAUGUUUGUUACAUUGUGGGCAUGACGGCAAAAAUAGCCCCAGCUGUACUACCCAUGUCUGAACACAUUAGAAUGCAGCACAUAAUAAAAAUGCAGGCCUUAAUCACCAUA